AUGAAAUCAUCUGAAGAAUAUUGAAGAAUAAUAAAGCUUCUAUUCCGCUUAUCUUUGAAAUAAGAAGUUUUCCUGAUAGAUAAGCCUACUGUGGAAAAGGUAAUACGCCGUUGGUACUGAUUGUUUUUCAUUAUUUCAGUGCUCUUUCCUUUCUUACUCAUUCAAACACAUUUUGUUUACAUGUAUGCAGUUUCCUAUUUUAUAGUUUACACCAAUGAGGGAAAGAAGCAGGAGUAUUUCUGAGCAGCAGUGAGCUAAACCAGGUUCCAGUGUUGAGGGCUCAUGUUAAUUGCAUCGUGGGAAGGGGCCGAGCACUCCCAUCAUGCCAAGCGUCAUGUGCGAAGGGGUGCAGGUGGAGUUCCCGUUUGAACCGUACCCCUGCCAGAAAGACUACAUGAGAAAGGUUAUCCAGUGCCUUCAGAUGAGUAAAAAUGGAGUCCUGGAGAGCCCUACAGGAACGGGCAAGACGCUGUGCCUGCUCUGCUCCACUCUGGCCUGGAGGCAUACCUACAUUGCUCAGCAGGAGCUGGGGAAGUGCCUCAAGGGCAGUAACGGAGGCGGAGAUGGUGCUGGAGCUGGAGCCGGAGCCGGAGCCGGAGCCUACAAGGAGCAGCUGAUGACGGACCUCAAGGCUGCAUCUGGGUGGGGAGAGGGCAGUGAAGAGGGUUUAUUCAUUGACCGGCCCAAGAUCAUCUAUGCUUCUAGAACCCAUUCUCAACUCUCACAGGCACUGGACCAACUCAAAGAUACCAUAUACAGGCCCAAAGUGUGUGUUCUGGGAUCACGAGAGCAGAUGUGCGUUCACCCUGAAGUAGUCAAGGUUGAAAGCAACUCGGCAAAGGUGCAUAUGUGUCGUGCCAAGGUGAACGCCAAGAUGUGUCACUUCCACAACAAUCUAGACAACAAGAAAGGAGAGAAGGCGUUUUCUGAAGGUAUUCUAGAUAUUGAGGAUCUAGUCAAACUGGGAAAUGCACACAAAGUUUGUCCAUAUUACAUGGCAAGAGAACUCAAGACCUCAGCUGAUAUCAUAUUUAUGCCAUACAACUACCUCUUAGACCCCAAGUCACGCCGUAUUCAUGGAAUUGAGUUACAAGGCAAUAUUAUCAUCUUUGAUGAGGCGCACAAUGUGGAGAGGAUGUGUGAGGAGAGUGCUUCCUUUGACCUGACCUCAUUUGACCUGGCCUCCUGUGUGGAGGAGACAGAUCAUCUCCUCAAGAAGACUGUAGAGGUCACCAUGCUGAAUGAGCGUUACCAUGGUGAAGGGAUGGGAGGAGAUGAUGAAUUUGAUGCUGCUGGUCUUGCUACACUAAAAAAGCUGUUCCUGGACCUAGAGGAGCACAUCAGUUCAUUCAACAUCCCAAACCACAGUGAUGGAAUCACCAAACCUGGAAGCUUCAUCUUUGAGUUCUUCAGUCAGGUGAACAUCAAUGCUGAGACCAAGAAUGAACUGAUGCAGCUACUAGAGAAAAUGAUCUCACACCUUACUAAUAGUUCCACUGUAUUCCACAACAAAGCUGCUGGUCUGCAAAAGUUUCAUGACAUCAUUACUAUUGUGUUUAGUCGAGAUGGUCCCGAGGGUAGUAGCAGAACUCAACUGACCGCCUCUCAGAUGACCAAGUAUUACAAGGUCCACAUCCGGACCACGGAGCCGACGCAGAAGAAGACCGGAAAACUGGACGUAUGGGCAAGCUCCUCCAGUAAACCAAAGAAAAAAGGUAAUUAAAUUUCAUUCCCAAUUUCGGUUUCAUUAUUUUGAUAAAAAGACAUGGCAAAAGUCUAAAGAUUAACAUUGUUAUAUUUACAUUUAAGUGCAAAAUCAAGCUUACUGGUAUACAAAUCUUUGCCCUUUUAUAUGUGAUGAGUUGCCAUAUAUUGUUUUCAACCUUUUGUCAUUUCUAU